CCUGGGCAAGUCACUAAACCCUGUUUGCCUCAGUUUCCUCAUCUGUAAAAUGAGCUAAAGAAGGAAAUGGCAAACUACUCCAGUAUCUUUGCCAACCCCCCACCCAUCCAAAUGACAGAAAAAUCAGACACAAUUGAAAUAACUGAACAAUAGCACUUCCUGAUCUAUGAGCUUAUAUUUCUUUUUGGUUUUCUAUUGGUUCCCUCUCAUAUCCAUCAAAGGGAAGCUUCUCAGCCUUAUCUGUGUAAUAAGGAUGUUAGUGAUUAAGUCUUGGUAACUAGGUCUCUGAGGUUCAGACUUAAGAUCAACUUUUCCUCUUUUGUUGUAGCAGCCUAUAACCCUUUUCUCUUUGUGACCCUAGUGUAAGUUAUGGCUGUGGACUCUGGGUUUUCAGUUCUUCUGUUUCCGUCUGUUGGUUAUUGUCAUCUAGGUGUUUUUGAUGAGGUGCGGAAAAUCGAGGCUAAGAGAUCCCCUAACAGCAAUGGGAUCCCCUUGGCCUGUGGCAGGUUUUGCGCAUUUUUCAAAAACCCCAAUGAAUACAGGCGAGGAGAGGUUUGUGGCAAAGAAUGGGAUUUAUUUACACUAGGAAUACGGCCUUCUUAGUGGGCAAGGUCCUAUUAGGAAUAUAGCAAAGGUGCGUUAAUACUGUGAAGAAAAUAUCUUCAGCAGUGGGCCAGAUUUUGUUAUGACAUCUGCAAAGAUGUCUGUCUGGGCAUACAGCACUAGAUAUAUUGGGGAUGCUUUGAUCUUUGGCCCAAAGUGGGGGGAGGUAGGCGCCUAUUACUGGAUGAGUCUAGGAGACUUUCUAUCCAAUUUGAUCCAAUUCAAUUCAAAAUUGAAUGAGAUUUCUUAUCUUGGGAGUUUCAUUUUGAAAUUGAAAGGUUGGCAUAUCUUCUUGGGAGACUUCAUUUGGAAUUUGGGGUCAUCCCAGUUCUAUUCUAGCAAGUCUAAGCAGCUCAAAGGAGACUUGCCAAGUCACAUUAUAGAGGUCCCACAACAUACCUCUCCUUUAGUAGGCCUUAGAACCUGACUUGCUUGGUGCCUUGUUAUUUUUUGGCAAAUAAAAUAAAAAAUUUUAAAACAAAAACAAAAAUAAAAAAAUUUUUUUGACACACACUGUUCUCUCUGAAAUUCAUUCCAUAUAGCUAACCUUAGCCUUGUGGGAGGGACAUAAUCCUUUAAUCCUUUUUCCUGCUUUCAGAUCCUCAUUUGUCCCUGGGUAUGCAGACUAUCCAUAAUCACAAAAUCUAGAAGAAUCUCAGCCUAUUGAGUCUGGGCUUGACCCCAUUACUUAAUACUCUUUAGAUAUAAGUCUUCUAGGCCAAAAUGAUUAGUAUUGUUUGCUCUUUGUUCUGCUAACAAGCUUAUCUCUUGUUCUGGAACUUAACCCAUUUGCAGUUCAGCCUAAUUAAAUCCAGUAGGCUAUGCCCUUCAGUGAAAGGGCUCUUUCUUUGAGGUCUCUCAAUAAAACUGAUUUGUCCUGAAGAUCUUUCCCUGAAAACAUUCUGUAGCUUCCGAAGACUUAUCUGGGAAGUUAUUACCCAGCAUCUGCUCUGCAAAAUGUUUAAGAAUGAUUCAUUCAGAAGUUUGGAACCCGAAAAGGAAGGCCACUCAGUCUUUUCACCAGCAGAACACAAUAUCGUGGCUGCUUAUUUGAUCACAGCAGGUAUCAUAAGUAUUCUCAGCAACGUCAUUGUGCUAGGCAUUUUUGUUAAAUUUAAGGAACUUCGGACAGCAACAAAUGCAAUUAUCAUAAAUCUGGCUGUUACUGAUAUAGGGGUUAGCAGCAUUGGUUAUCCCAUGUCUGCUGCUUCAGACCUAUAUGGAAGUUGGAAAUUUGGAUAUGCUGGAUGUCAGAUUUAUGCUGGUUUAAACAUAUUUUUUGGAAUGGCAAGUAUUGGAUUACUCACUGCUGUGGCUAUUGAUCGGUACCUGACCAUCUGUCAGCCUGACCUUGGAAGAAGAAUGACUUCUUUCAAUUACACCAUAAUGAUUCUGACUGCUUGGGUGAAUGGCUUUUUUUGGGCCUUGAUGCCUAUUGUAGGUUGGGCUUCUUAUGCUCCUGAUCCAACUGGUGCUACGUGUACUAUAAAUUGGCGGAAGAAUAAUGCAUCUUUUGUUUCAUACACAGUGACUGUUAUUGCUAUAAAUUUUGUCAUGCCCUUAGUGGUCAUGAUUUACUGUUACUACAAUGUUUCUCAAAAGAUCAAACAAUAUACUCCUAGCAACUGCCCUGAAUACAUAAACAGAGACUGGUCAAACGAAGUAGCUGUAACCAAGAUGUCUGUGAUAAUGAUUUUAAUGUUCCUGCUUGCUUGGUCCCCUUAUUCUGUUGUGUGCUUGUGGGCUUCUUUUGGGGACCCAAAGGAGAUUCCCCCAGCAAUGGCCAUCAUAGCCCCUCUCUUUGCAAAGUCUUCCACAUUCUACAAUCCCUGUAUAUAUGUGGCUGCCAACAAGAAGUUCCGGAGAGCGAUCUCUGCAAUGAUUCAGUGUCAGACUCAUCAGUCAAUGUCCGUAUCCAAGGCAUUACCAAUGAACCUAACUUGAGCUCAGCUUUUGAAUUAUGAAAGCAAAAAAAAGCCAAACUGCAUAAUUUUCCUCAUUUUUGGCUGUAUUUUAACUUUAUUUAAUGUUCCCAAAAAGCUGAUAACCUACUUGGAUUCAUAUACUAACUUGGAUUUUCAAAAGCUGGGAUGGUUGUCUACUUUUAUUUCAUGUGCCCUUUAGUGUGUAAUAUAGUGUUAUAUGGUGUUCCAUCAGUAUUUGAAUUGUUAAAUGGAAUAUUCCUACCUAGCAUAUUAAAAAGACACCAAUACUUUAUCUCAUUUUUACUGUAUUGUCAGAGAAACUGAGCAAGAUAGAGAUUAGAGAGUAUUUAAUAAUUUAUUAAAUGGGAGAGAUAUACUGGGAUCAAAUGGAUCCUUGGUUUAGUCUCAGGGCUAAAUGAGACUAUCGUCUUCAAGAAUCCAGCAAACAAUGAGAGUUCUCAAUGAUAUAUAUACACAUUGCUCAGACUCAAGGGGAAGACUGAGGUGGGGGCAAAGUCAGGGUUCUGAGACUGGGAACGGGACUCUGACAAUCCGGUUCUAACUGUGAGGGGAGGCAUGGGGAGAGGAACCCUGGAGAUGGGGAAAAACAUCUUGAUAAGACGGUAUCUGACAUUCUGGUAGCUUGGGAUGAGGAGAGGCAUUCUGAUAUUCUAAAACAUAAGAUCUUUUAUCCUUAUCAAAUAUUCUGAUAAAGAGGAAGGGGAGGUUUUGCAGGACUGAGAAGCAGAGAAAUUGAGUCAGGUCAGGAUAAUUAGAGAAACUGAGAACUGUGGCAUUACAUUACUUCUCCUUAUAAUAAAGUUAAAUGAUUUUUAAAAAAGAUCAAGUCAUUACUUCAUGGCACUGUUUAAGGAAAUUACCAUUUAAUAAACCCAAGUCAUAACCAUUUAAUUUUCCUGUAUAUUACUUUUUGCUUAUUUUGCUUCUUUUGGCAUAUGUGUUAGUCUUUUAAUAUAUUGAUUCAGUGUAAUAUAAUCAAUAGAUAGCAGACCUUGAAAUCUAAAAAAUAUGAAUGAAAGUCCUUCUCUGCCACAUGAUGAUUAUGAGAUCCUGAACAAAUCAUUUAACUUCUCAAUGUCUCAGGCAACAUUGAGUCGCCUAAGAGUAUAAAUUGAUCUGCUUUGGUAGAGGGAUUUUCCUCAUUGGAGACCCCCUAUAUAAAUGGAUUCAUAGAUCUGGAUUAAAAUCAGUUAUGCUGAGAUGCUAAAUAGAAGUCACUAAAUUACAAAUGGGUAGUUUUACAAAAGCUCAUUUCCAAGUUUGUUGUUUGUAACUUAGAAUAUAUGAUCUUGGAGAAGUGACAUUAUUAAAGGAAGUUAACUAGUUUUUUGGGUCAACUCACAAAAUUGAUGCGAUUCUAGUGGUAGAGAAUUGAGGUGUGAGAAUCCCCUCUGGUCAGUGCACAGGUCCAACAUGAAAGAAUUCACAAA